UCAUCUGGCAAGGCAGUGGGCACCGAGUCACCAGGCACGACAGUGGGCUCUGAGUCAAUUGGCACGACAGCGGGCACCGGGUCAUCAGGCACCGGAUCGUCUGGCUCGACAGCAGGCACCGGGUCAUCUGGCGCUGGAUCGUCUGGCUCAACAGCGGGCAUCGGGUCACCAGGCAUGACAGUGGGCACUGGGUCAUCAGGCAUUGGAUCGUCUGGCUCGACAGCGGGCAUUGGGUCACCAGGCAUGACAACGGGCACCGGAUCAUCAGGCAUGACAGCGGGCACUGGGUCAUCGGGCAUUGGAUCGUCUGGCUCGAUAGCGGGC